CUGCACAUGACGUGUAGCUUGUGCCUUUCUUAAAAUCCGUUCACUGUGUUCAACUAUUUGGAAUGUCAAAUAUGUCCUUCAGAAAGACAACGUUAAUACAUUCAGUAACUGCGCACUAAUACGUUUUGAUGAGAUAAUCCAGUAAAGGGUUGAACUCCGACAUUAAACAACGGGGAAACGACUACUUCACUGAGAUGCAGAAAACCCACUACAGCCAAUGAAAACGGGACAUCGCCGAGCUCUCUUGGUGAGGAAGACGACAACGCGUUGUCACUCGCAUUGUCUCAAAACAUUGCGCAACGCGCAGCCUGCCAGCAAAUUGUAAAGAUAGCAAUCUGUUUUUGUGACAGCGACAAUCUGCGUGCGCGUUUCCUGCUGUAGAAUGCAGAGAGUAUCUGACUUUGAAUGAAGAUGUUCCCUUCCGUUUCUAAAAAAAAUGUAACAGGAUAUUUUUUGUUGGAUUUUUAGCUAUACUAGCUCAUUUAGCUUGGAGGGAAGCUUACUAAUAUGAUGCUGUUUUUGGAUAACCACAGCCGUCGUUUCAAGGGGUGAAAUGACGAAAAGAUGAUAUUGUCAAGGUUGACCUUUCAUUGACUCAGGAACGGAAUAGUUUUUGAUUUUGACGAGGAGGACGAUCUGCAAAUGAAAAUAAUUAGAGCUAUGGCAAACUGAAUUUCAUGUGUUCAAGAACGGUUCUAUCAAAAUAUAGUUAAUAUAACGCUCCUCAGCUAUGCAAACGAUUUUUGUGCGACCAAAUGACUUGCAGUGACAGAAGAAAAGCAUGCCAAGUUAAAGGGAUAUAAAUGCCCGUUUCACUUGAAAUUGACGGUGGUUUCAAUUUUAACCAGUGUGCAUUACAUGCUGAUAAAGAUUGAAUGCACUUUUAACAAGCUAUGUUUUUAAUUUCAGGUAGCUAAAUGAAUGUCAUUCAUAAAAAUGUCGAUUAGAGACUGCCUUGUAGUGAGUUAGUACUGAACGCGGUAGUCACGUUAAUGUAACAUUUCAUAUUGAACAUAAGCUAUGAUUCUUGAGAAUUACAUCAAAACCAUUGUGUUUAAACGGUCGUGCAACUACUAAUUGAACAUUAUCUUAGGGAUCGAAGUUGUUUUCGACUUGGCAUCACAGCGAUACAGUAAUUUGUUUUAAAGCUAUUUUGACUCAAGGAAAUUAUCUUGGCUAGCUAGCUAACCUCUUCCGACGCAAAUGUUCUGAAGGCACGCUAACGGUAUCUCACCUCGUGCUAAAAUGCGGAACAAUCAGGACCGUAGAAGAAUUGCUUAAUUAUUAUUACUUGUAUAUAUUUUUGACUUGGUCCAAGGCAUAACAACGGAUAUUUAAUAUUUUGCCCAAUCUGACGGGACGUGCAGCGAUAUGCAGAUGACAACACAACAAAAAGAAGACCUGCUGUUUUCACCACCGACUGUAGACAUUGGAAUGUAGCAUGACUGCCAUUUGUUGACAGCUGUUGAGCAAGGAUUUUACCCGGUCUUGAAUCGCAAGAGGAACUGCCGUUUUUAAAGUUUCUACUUGACGUUGAGCCUGAACAGCGGGAGCCAUGCGUUUGUCCUCGUUCCUUGCGCUGUUCCGGCCUGCGCUACCUCUGAUCCUGGGGCUUUCGCUCGGAUGCAGCCUGAGUCUGCUCAUGGUGUCCUGGACUCAGGGAGACACGGAGGAACCAUGUGGAGACGACUUUGCAAAUGGGGGACUGUUCCCAGGCAGUCUUGGGGGGGACUCCCAAGGAGGUCUUGGAGGCGAUGCCGCGAACGAAGACUUUCAACCUCGCAUAGUGCCCUACCACAAGGACCCCAAUAAACCGCACAAGAAAGUCCUCAGGACCCGCUACAUCCACACGGAGCUGGGGAUUCGAGAGCGCCUCCUGGUGGGGGUGCUGACGUCGCGGCUGACCCUCGGCACGCUGGCCGUGGCGGUGAACCGCACCGUGGCCCACCACUUCCACCGCACGUUCUUCUUCACGGGCCUGCGCAGCCCCAAGGUGCCCCACGGGAUGGCGGUGGUCGCCCACGGCGACGACCGGCCCGUCUGGCUCAUGUACGAGACGGUGCGCCACCUGCACCAGCACUUCGGCAACGACUACGACUGGUUCUACCUGGUGCAGGACGACACGUACACGCAGGCCGAGCGGCUGUCGGAGCUGGUGGGCCACCUCAGCGCGGGGCAGGACCUCUACAUGGGCCGGGCCGAGGAGUUCAUUGGCGGGGAGGAGCGCGCGCGGUACUGCUACGGCGGCUACGGCUACCUGCUGUCCCGCAGCCUGCUGGCCCGGCUGCAGCCCCACCUGGACGUCUGCCGCAACGACAUCCUGAGCGUCAGGCCUGACGAGUGGCUCGGCCGCUGCAUCAUCGACUACCUGGGUCUGAGCUGCGUGGAGAUGCACCAGGAGAUGACGUAUCGCUACUUUGAGCUGGAGAAGAACGCGGACCCCGAGCGCGAGGAGAGCCCGCAGUUUAAGAACGCCUUCACCGUGCACCCGGUCUCCGAGCCCGACCUCAUGUACCGCCUGCACAAGCGCUUCAGCCAGAUCGAGCUGGACCGCACCUACCAGCAGAUCCAUCAGCUGCAGGUCCAGAUCAGCAACCUGAGCGAGCUCACUCCGGAGGGGAAGGAGGGCGCCACCUGGCCCAUCGGGAUCAACCCGCCCUUCCGGCCCAAGACGCGCUUCGAGGUCAUCAACUGGGACUACUUCACGGAGGAGCACAUGUACUCGUGCGCCGACGGGUCGCCCAAGUGCGAGCUCCGCGGGGCGGACCGGGCCGACGUGCUCUCGGUGCUGGAGACGGCCGUGGAGCGUCUGAACGAGCGGUACCAGCCCCAGCUGCGCUUCCGCAAGCGCCGCCUCCUCAACGGCUACCGGCGCUUCGACCCCACCCGCGGCAUGGAGUACACGCUGGACCUGGCCCUGGAGGUCUUCACGCAGAAGGGCCACAGCCAGGUCAUCGCCAAGCGGGUGGGGCUGCUGCGGCCGCUCAGCUCCAUCGAGAUCAUCCCCAUGCCCUACGUGACGGAGGCCACCCGCGUGCAGAUCAUCCUGCCCGUCACGGCCCGCGAGCAGGACUACGUGGGCAACUUCCUGGACACGUACGCCAUGAACGCGCUCGACACCCACGACAACGUGCUGCUCACCUUCCUCUUCAUCUACGAGCCCUUCGACGCCCAGCGGGUCAGCGAGACCGACGUCUUCGCCGGCGUCAAGGCCAUGAUCGGCGAGGUGGAGAAGCGGUACGGCGACACCAAGAUCCCCUGGAUCAGCGUGAAGACCGAAGUGCCCUCGCAGGUGAAGCUCAUGGACAUCAUCUCCAAGAAGCACCCGGUGGACACGCUCUUCUUCCUGUCCAGCGUCUGGACGGAGGUCAACGGCGACUUCCUCAACCGCUGCCGCAUGAACGCCAUCAGCAACUGGCAGGUCUUCUUCCCCAUACACUUCCAGGAGUACAGCCCCGCCAUCGUGUACCGCGACCAGCAGCCCUCGGCGGCCGCGGCCUCCUCCUCCUUCUCAGAAGGCCUUCGCGACGGCCGCUUCGACCGGCACGUCUUCGACGAGGCCUGCUUCUACAACGCCGACUACAUGAGCGCCCGCACCAAGAUGGCCGCCGACAUCCUGGACAACGACGAGCUGCUGGAGAGCAUGGACGUCUACGAGAUCUUCGUGCGCUACUCCGGGCUGCACGUCUUCCGGGCCGUGGAGCCGGCACUCGUCCAGAAGUACGUCCAGCGGGUGUGCAACGCUCGGUUCAGUGAGGACAUCUACCACCGCUGCAUCCUCAGCAACCUGGAGGGACUGGCCUCCCGCUCACACCUGGCCAUGGCACUGUUCGAGCAGGAGCAGGCCAACAGCACUUAGGAACUACAGGACUCUUGAGUGAGUGAGUGAGCGAGCGAGUGGUGGGAAUACACCCUGGACAGGACCAAUCCAUCACACAAGGGCACACACACCAUUUGCUGGUGGGAUUUACUGUUACAAAUGCUGCAUUAGCAGAGGGACUUGGACUCUGUGCAGCCUCACCUCAUAGGACAUAGGAGAGACUGUCGGGGGAGAGGCUGGAUUGGAUGGACUGAAGACCCCACCUACUUGACUCGGACAUACUUGACUCCGAUAAACGGUUGAACUCUGAACUGUCCGGCUCUGGCUCUCCAUUUUGUCACAUUCAGUUGUGGAAACUUUGUCGCGUGAAAGGGUGGUAAGUGCAAAGCGGUGUUUCUGCUUCUGUCACCCAAGUUGUUUUUGGUUUCCCGGAGUUCUGAACGGGAUUCUUUCAUGGAAUUAAAAAAAGAAAAGAAUAUGAAUAUGAAGUCCAAGUGGAAGUAGUACGUACGUGUUCUGUUUACUGUAACUUUUGUCUCUGAAAGUGGCCGUCCGGAUCGCCCUGACCAUUCUGAGCCAUUGACCUCAGGCUGAUUGUAUCUUUACAUUAAAAAGCUUCCAGUGUU